GGCGCCGCUCUAGACUCCGCCUACUCCCGAAACCCGGCGGCUGGCGCGGGAUGGAGACUGGGUGCUGGUUGCUGGGGGGCGAGUUCGAGGACUCGGUGUUCGAAGAGAGGCGGGAGCGGCGGCCUGGACUGCCGGCGUCCUAUCGCGCCAAGCGCUGCGAGCCGCAGUGGUUUUAUGAAGAAACGGGGAGCAGUGAUGAUGUCGAAGCUCUAACUCUGAAGAAAUUCAAAGGGGACCUCGCCUACAGACGGCAAGAGUAUCAGAAAGCACUGCAAGAGUACUCGAGUAUCUCUGAAAAACUGCCAUCUACAAAUUUUGCCAUGAAAAGGGAUGUCCAGGAAGGCCAGGCGCGGUGUCUGGUUCACCUGGGAAGGCACACAGAAGCCCUGGAGAUCGCUGCAAACUUGGAAAAUAAAGCAACUAAUACAGACCAUUUAACCACUGUGCUCUACCUCCAAUUUGCUAUUUGUUCAAGUCUGCAGAACUUGGAGAAAACAAUCCUCUGCCUACAGAAACUGAUUUCUUUGCAUCCUUUUGAUCCUUGGAACUGGGGCAAAUUGGCGGAGGCUUACCUGCGUCUGGGGCCAGCUCUGUCAACAUUGUGUGCGUCAUCUCAAAAACAGGACGGUUUUACCUCCAGUGACAAAACCAUCAAAUCCUCCUUUACACACUCAGGAAAAGACUGUCUUUUGUGUUUUCCUGAAACGUUGCCUGAGAGCCCUGUGUUUUCUGUGGAAGCAAGCAGCAGUAAUAACCAGAAGAAUGAGAAAGCUCUGAAAAAUAUUCAGAACUGUGUGGCAGAAAAGAGAGAAGCAGUGUUGCUAGAGACUCAGUUGAAAGCGUGUGCCUCUUUUAUACGAACCAGGCUUUUGCUUCAGCUCACCCAGUCUCAGCAAACCUCGUUUGCUUUGGAGAGGAAUUUAAGGACUCAGCAGGAAAUUGAAGAUAAAAUGAAAGAGUUCGGCUUCAAAGAAGACACUUUGCUGUUGAUAGCUGAGGAGCAGUGACAAGUCUGGAAGGAUUUUCAGGAUGCAAGUGAUUUGAUCUGGUUUGAAUUUAAAAAUCUUUCUGUUCCUGGUGGAGAAAGCCCAGAGGUGGAAGGGCAGCUCAGGGCAGGAAUGGAAUCAGGGCCAGUUAGGUUCUCAUGCUGUGCCCACCAAGGCCCCACCCCUGGACCUGCCAUUAGGAAGUGGGAGCUUCCUCCUGGUUGACCCCCCGAGCACCUUCUUAGCUCAUGCUGAUCUUACAGCACAUAUCACACUGCUCUACAGCCAUUUAUCCAUAUUUUUUGAUGACAGAGAAGAGCUCUGUGUCCCCAGACCUGGCACAGUGCCUGUGCUGGGGUAAGACUUUCUACAAGAGCUUGACUGUUGAAAUACAUACAAGCCCCCCAACCUCACCCCCACCCCUCGGCUGAAGAUGCGGACAGAGCUCUUCGGUUUGAACUGGGUGCAACCAGGGCCAAAAUAUCUGAAGUCCAGGGAUAGCUGGAUUGAAAGAAUGAAAUAGAGACUGCUUUAACUGUGUUUUAACUGGAGACAACUCUGAGAGUCCCAAGGAAAAGGAUUUUCGGAAAGCCUGGCAAACAGGUCCCCCUUGGGAGCUGAGUGCAAAACAAGUUAUAGUUGCCGCCCUGCACUCUCUCUAGAUUCUUCAGUUCUCAGGAACGGCCUUGCAUGUCUUCAAGCCCACUGCCACCCUCCUCCUGACACCUCCCGUAUCCAGAGGACAAGCCCAGUAGCAGCGAGGACAAGCUCUCUCUAGGAGAGCCAGAGAUCCUAGCCAAGGAAACUGGUGACCCUGGGCCAAUCACCCACCCUCUCUGUGCCUCAGCUCCCCCAUCUGUCAACUGGAGGAAUAAUGCCUCCUCCAAAGGCUUGUCCAUCCUUACGAAAUGUCUGACCACACCUGGCCAAGGGUCUGGCACAAAGCUCAACAAGGUUGGCUCUGCUUCCUUCUGCCCCUACCAAGGGCAAGGGCCACCCCUGCGUGCUGAGCCCUGUAAGAGCAACUACAAAGGAAAACAGGCUUAACUCUCCCUAUUUAGAAUAAGAGGAGAGACUCUUCCUCCUCUUCCUUUUCUCUUCCAGAAUUUCUUUCUCUGUCCCUGAAGUCAGCAGAAGAAUCGAAUGAAGAGGCCUUUUGCUACAUUUCCCCAGUAACCACCUGGAGCUUAUACCCUUCUGUUCUACCACAAUUUCCACGACUUUCCGGGACUUUCUACUCUUCAUCAAAGCUCAUAUAAAAAAUGCUCAGGCUCAACCAUGUCUUAGGAUCAUUUCUUUAUGGAGGCUACAUAUGCCACAUAAAACUUAUAAACAAUCCA